AUGCAGCAUCUCAACUCAUCCAACAGCUCACAGACUACUCAUAUCUUACCUGAAAAAGCGUUGGCUAGUUGUGUACUGGUGCUUUGCUUUGUACUGGGAGUCCCUAGUAACAUAGCAGUAAUGGUGCAUCUUGCCAGACGGCUGAAAGGACACAGUUUCACCCCAAGGUUGAUGCUGAGUCUAGCCGUGUCAGACCUGCUGACUCUACUUUCUUUGCCGUUCUGGAUCUGGGCUUUUCUGUAUGGCUGGAUCUUUGAUGUAUUCCUGUGUAAGUUCUUCUCUUAUGCAGUGUACUGGGGACUCUAUUGCAGCGUACUGUGUGUUAUUUUGAUGAGUGUGCAGAGAUACAUGCAAGUGCUGCAUCGUCAGAAAUGGGCCAAGCUUGGAGUAAGUGGACAGAAGAUUCUUCUGAGUGGGAUGUGGAUGCUGAGUGGAGUAUUAGGAUCCUAUGCUCUCAUACAGCGCAGUGUAAGUUUUGGAAAGGAUGAACAGUUGCAGUGCAGACUACACUAUCGGAAUGACACAGAAAAGGUGGCUACUUUAUUCUGGGAGACUUUGAUGUUUGUGGUGUCUUAUCUCCUACUGGCUUAUUUCUACUUUUAUCUUUACCGAGGGGUGAAUCGGUCGGCUUUUUUAAAAAGUCAAACAAUGACAAAGCUAGUGACCAGGAUUGUGGUGGCCUUUUUGGUUUUUUGGGUCCCGUUUACUAUAAACAACAUUUUGGUUAUUGCUGCAGUGUUACUCAGGAAUGACAAGCUGCUGGGAUUCGCAGAGGCUGUAGAUAAUAUAACUGCAGCACUGAUAUUUAUCAACAGCUGUGUGAAUCCAUUCCUGUACGCCUUCUCUGCUCGGACUCGACAACAGCAACCAGUUGAUGCGGAAAGUACUUAA